AUGGUUAUUGUCGGUCCAUCGUGUGACGUCACAGAGGUCUCUCUGUUGGGGCGACUCACUGGGAGACGUUCGGUCUCCUCCCAAGACUCGUGCAAAGCGCUUGCAACACGAGCCGAGUUGUGGCCGGAGAGUUUCUUCAUGAGGGAUGAGUUCUCGCAAGCAGCAUAGCUUCGGGCCACAAAGAUCAUCGUCUGACAAGGUUUACAGCAGUAGCUGAUGCCACCAGCUACUGCUGACAACCCGCAGUUGAGGGGUUUGCGGUCCGUGGUGGUGAGCACCGCUGUGACAAGUGUUGGGUUCCGCCUGGUUCCGGCGCAGAUUUCGGACCGUUUUCAGAGGCUGCUGCGACCUUCGAUAUUUCAGCCCCAGUAGUAUACCUGAACGUGCCAGCACGCACGACGCCUCUUGAUGAUAUCCUCUACUGAUACUAGCACAACGGACCAGGUUCCUCCGGCGGGAAGGUUGUUUUCUUUCUUUGUACUGUUAUAAAGUAUGAGAAAAGAGCCAGCGUCAAAAUCCCUUGUCUGGGUACCCUUAAGUUGAAGGUUGGUUCUGCGAGGCUAUCUGCUGGGUACGUUGAUACUGGCGCGUGGGCAAAGUGCAAGGUUCGCGGUGCUUGCAGCAGGCCUAGGCCGCUGUUGCGAUAGUUGGAUGGUGACGAUUAAGGGCUGAAUAUUGGCGGGACUGACUGCCGUGAACUCGGGCGCGCUCGCCAAAUUGCCCGUGUCUUUAUUUUGCGUCCCCCUGGAUGAAAUUGAUUUUGUUUGUCACUCGAAACCUUAGGUGCAGAUGCGGCCGGCUGCGACACGAUUGAGUCAAAGUCGCUGUCACGGCAAUAAUACUAGAUAGGGGGGGGUAAUGAGCCACGGGUGACGACUCGAUACCUUGCAGUAGUCCAUCUGCGAUGCUGUGCAAGGUGCGAGAUACUCUGCGUACCAGGCAGCAACGCAGCAACCCCGCACGCGCAUCUCAGGUACAGUACUUUAAGGAAUAAUAUUCGAACGGAUCUUCCACAACCUUGAACCCCGUUGUACCCGGUCGCCCCGGUGGUCUAGUGGUAUCCUCAUUAUCCGCUAGUCUUAGGGGUCGUGAGUUCGAAUCCCCAUGGGGUGAAAAAAUUACGAAAUUUGCGGGUGAAAGCGAAAUGUAGCUAAAAAGCUCUCGUGAGUACCAAACUUCGACAUUAGCACCGUUGACGAGGGAAAGGGACGGCUGGACCCUUCUCGCGAUAAAAAUAAAGUUCAGCACGCACCGCAGGAGGAAGGUGGGGCAUGAAAAGAAAUGAAAAGAAGAAAAAAAGCCCUGGUGUUUACCCCCU